UGUGUGUGCAUGCUUUGUCGCUUCACUGCUGCCGCUCCGCUCUUCCCGUGCAACGAAUUUUAUGCAACGUCGGGAGUCCGGGUCCAGCAAGGAGCCAGUGCUGCCGUGAAAACACAGGAGAAAAUCGGGUACACGCCAGGUUGUCCCCUCCCCGUUGUGCACGGCUGCUGUCACGAGCAUCGGUGUGAAUUAAGCUGGACUCCGGGCCUAGGCUUGUGUGUAUAUGUGUGCGCGCUUGCAGAGGCGUUCGUGGCUGUGAGAUAACAUUUGGUGGUGCCGCUCGUCCACACCCACUUGAUCGGCUGCUUGUGGUUGAUCUAUGUGCGGUGCAAAAUGUGAGGAUCAAAGAUCGUCAGCGCCGGAUGAUCCAGUGGUUGCUGUCACGUCGCUGGCGGCUGUCAGGCGACAGCUACAUGCAGCUUUUCAGGGAUCGCUCUGAGACUUUGGCCGGCCUUGGCCUGUAGGAACUGGACAGGACCUUAGGAAAGGCAACCAUGGCAGAUGAAAUGAGACGACCAGCUGAAUGUUGCCACCCAGUGCGGUCAUGUGACUGACCUGGCUCUUCUCUCCUGCUGAUGUCCAGUAGUUGCCCUGUUCUCACCAUGAGAGGAUCUGUCAGGUGCUCGAGCUCAGUGCCCUCAGACUGGCGCUACCGUUGUGCUGCGUGAGCGCCCCCCCCUCCUCCGGCAGUUACUGCACGGAAUGGCAUCUUUGGACCUGCCAUACCGCUGUCCUCGCUGCGGGGAGCACAAGCGCUUCCGAAGCCUGUCGUCGUUGCGUGCCCACCUGGAGUACAACCACACGUACGAGACCCUUUACGUCCUCUCCAAAUCCAACAGUGUAUGUGACGCUGCUGCUCUGCUGCCCCUAGUGGCUGAGGGAGCUCUGCUCGCACCCGCCAAUAACAACGACCCCUUUGAGCCACUUCGGCCUUCAGCUUUAAAGGAGCGGCGCUUUCCUUGCCGUGAGCUUCCUUGUGCAGACGACCUGAGUUUGACCCCAGCCAACUCCAACACUGCAGCCCGGUAUAUUCCCAAUGUGGAGUUUCCCCUGGGGGAGAUUUUUAUGAAAAAAGCCAUGACAUCCACAGAUCCGGGUCCCCAUGGAAACCCCAGCACAGCUGUAGCGGUGGCAGCUAAUGUAGCAGCCAGUGCAGUCGAAGCAGCGUAUGAGGAAGGCCUGGCCAGGCUGAAGGCGCGGGCGUUUGAACGGCUGGAGCUGGAUGAGAGGCUGGAGAAGCUGUCUGAAGAGGUGGAGCAGAAAAUAGCGGCCCGUGUAGGCCGUCUUCAGGCGGAGCUGGAGAGGAAGAGCUCAGAGUUGGAGCGGGCCAAGCUGGAGAGUGAACGGCUGAGCCAGGAGAAACAAGACCUGGAGGACAAGGCCUCGGAGCUUUCUCGGCAGGUGGACGUCUCCGUGGAGAUGCUAGCCAAUCUCAAGCAGGACCUGGUGAACAAGGAGGCAGAGCUGAACCACAAACAGCAGGAGGUCGCCCAGAUGACCAGUUCCUUCAGAGACGGCGGCCCGUGAAGCAAACGCUAAGGUACGCUUGCAGCAGU